GCGGCGCGGCUGAACGUGGAUGGGACGUCACGUCAAUUGCAGUCGUGUCGGGAUUGGAAUGUUAGCGACUAACAAACGGAACAAUUGAGCAGUCGGGAAUUGCUCACCGGGACUGAGGAAUUCCACCUUUUUUUGGGGAACAUUAACGAGCCUGCGCGCAGUGCGCGGUCGCCGUGUUCCCGUGGCGCGGAGAACUUGGCUCUAUUUUCUAUCAGCGCAUCUCGGCGGAGCUUGUUGGAGAUAAGAAGAAGAAGAAGAAGAAGAAGAAGAGCGAUGCCAGGAUUCGUCAGAUUAUGGUGGUGCCGCUGAACUGCUCCUCGUGCCGCGUCGCCUGCCUUGACCGGAGAACCAUGGAGUGAUUGGAGAAAGGAGAAGCAGCACCGAAUCACACCGACUCUGCUUUAGCACUCUCGCCGCUUUUCACGUGUUAAAACCCGAGUUAUUCAGCUAAGCUUUCCACCGAGGGGACCCGAGGGGGACCCCUGCUGCGGUUUACCCGGAGGGGGCGACUUCCUGGACGGGCACUUUUCCGUUUGAAAAGCUCCGAAUGAGAGUGUGGAGACGCGCAAGGUUCGGGCGGCACUCGCCGUUUUCGGUGCACCCAAGCCCCCUCGACAUGCUGGAAGUCCACAGACGCGAGAAAAACGGAAGCCGCUGUUAACAUCGCCCACAUGCGCUGGAUCAAUCGCUGGAUUUGGGAACCGAAUACGCAGAAGGGGGGUUGGGGAUCCUUGGAGGAGGCAGCCGGGGGAUGGAGCCGUGUAAGCGGGCUUGCUGAGAGCCUAACUUCGGGCCACUUCGCUGUUCUUAUUCCCAAGCAAGUCUCGCCUGUUCCCCGGACACAUGCAGGCCAAAAAACGCUACUUGAUCCUGCUCUCGGCCGGUGCUUGUCUGGCGCUUGUCUACCUCGGAGCGGUUCCGCUUCCCACGGCGAGCAGGCACCGGCACGAUAGCAGCCGUCACGGGUACCGAUCCGAUCACCCGUGGCCUCACUUCUCGGACCGUUUACAGCCGUUCGUGCCCUGGGAUCAGACCGACACCGAGGAGUACAACGUGCACGCGCCUGUGAAGCGUGACCGCGACGUGAACGCCAGUGUUUACAAAGGCAAAAGGUGCCGAAUGGAUUCGUGCUUCGACUUCUCCCGGUGUCAAAAGAACGCUUUCAAAGUUUAUGUUUACCCGCAGCAGAAGGGGGAGAAGAUCUCCGAGAGUUACCAGAACAUUUUGUCCGCUAUUGAGGGCUCCGGGUUUUACACCUCGGACCCGGGCCAGGCGUGUUUGUUCGUGCUGAGUUUGGACACCCUCGACCGGGACCAGCUGUCUCCGCAGUACGUCCACAACCUGAAGACCAAGAUCCAGAACUUGCCUCUGUGGAACGAUGGCAGGAACCAUCUUCUAUUUAACUUAUAUUCCGGGACGUGGCCGGACUACACGGAAGACUUGGGCUUCGACAUCGGCCAGGCGAUGCUGGCCAAGGCCAGCAUCAGCACGGAAAACUUCAGAGCCAACUUCGACGUUUCCAUCCCUCUUUUCUCCAAGGAGCACCCGAGGACCGGCGGGGAGAGGGGUUACCUGAAAUAUAACUCCAUCCCCCCUUUCCGAAAGUACAUGCUCGUCUUCAAGGGAAAGCGCUACCUGACCGGUAUCGGUUCGGACACCAGGAAUGCCUUAUAUCACGUCCACAAUGCAGAGGACGUGGUGCUGCUCACCACCUGCAAGCACGGCAAAGACUGGCAGAAGCACAAGGACGCGCGCUGUGACAAGGACAACGCGGAGUAUGACAGGUAUGACUACAAAGAGAUGCUCCACAACUCCACCUUCUGCUUGGUACCCCGAGGCAGAAGGCUGGGGUCCUUUCGCUUUCUCGAGGCGCUGCAGGCUGCAUGCGUGCCUGUGAUGCUUAGUAACGGCUGGGAGCUGCCUUUCUCCGAGAUCAUCAACUGGAAUACGGCAGCAGUCAUCGGUGACGAGAGGCUCCUGCUGCAGAUUCCCACCACGGUGCGUUCCAUCCACCAGGAUAAGAUCCUGUCGCUUAGACAGCAGACGCAGUUCCUGUGGGAGGCCUACUUCUCCUCUGUGGAAAAAAUAGUGCUGACCACACUUGAGAUCAUCCAGGACCGUGUUUUGGAGCACAGUUCCAGGAGCACGCUGAUGUGGAAUAGUCACCCCGGUGGGCUCUUUGCUCUGCCACAGUACUCGAGCUACCUUGGAGACUUCCCCUUCUUCUACGCCACACUGGGUAUUAAACCGUAUCCAAAGUUCACCGCUGUCAUCCACGCCGUCUCAAAUCUGGUGUCCCAGUCCCAACCCAUCCUCAAGCUGCUGGUGGCAGUGGCCAAGUCCCAGUACUGUGCACAGAUUGUUGUGCUGUGGAAUUGUGACAAGCCCCUCCCCGCCAAGCACCACUGGCCCGCGACCUCCGUACCCGUCAUAGUCAUCGAGGGGGAAAACAAGGUGAUGAGCAGCCGCUUCUUCCCCUACGAGACCAUAGUGACCGAUGCCGUCCUCAGCCUGGAUGAAGACACGGUGUUGUCCACCACAGAGGUGGACUUCGCCUUCACCGUGUGGGAGAGUUUUCCCGAGCGAAUCGUGGGCUAUCCCGCACGCAGCCACUUCUGGGACGGCAACAAGGAGCGUUGGGGUUAUACCUCCAAGUGGACCAAUGACUACUCUAUGGUGCUGACAGGCGCCGCCAUCUAUCACAGGUAUUACCACUACCUGUACACCCACUACGUGCCCUCUAGUCUCAAGACCAUGGUGGAUCAGCUGGCCAACUGCGAGGACAUCCUCAUGAACUUCCUGGUCUCUGCCGUCACCAAGCUACCGCCGAUCAAGGUCACGCAGAAGAAACAGUACAAGGAGACCAUGAUGGGACAGUCUUCAAGGGCAUCUCGCUGGGCCGACCCGGACCACUUCGCUCAGCGGCAGACGUGCAUGAACAAAUUUGCCAGCUGGUUUGGCGCCAUGCCGCUGGUCCGCUCCCAGAUGAGACUGGAUCCGGUCCUGUUCAAGGACCAGGUGUCCAUCCUGCGCAAGAAAUACAGGGACAUCGAGAGGCUCUGACAGGACCGGCCCCCCCUCGGGCCGGACCCCACCCGGGGGGAUGUGUGAGGGCGGGGGCCAAUGAAGCUCCGCCCUCCACGCCAGUGAACAUUAGCGCUGUCGCUGAAUUGAACAGAUGUUUGGGAGUGCGGAAGAAGAACAAAAACAAACAUGGGGACACUAAACAGUAGAUUGCGCACACUGCUGAAAACAACAACAACAACAUAUUUUUUUGUGGAUGCCAUUGACUAUCCUGCUCUCCCAGCAGGUCCGUACAAGAGGGAAGGGUGUCUUUUUGUCAGUGUUGCAGAUAACAACGCCCACUGCAAAAUGCCCCCCAGGAACUCCUAGCAAUCCAUCUCGCUUUAGGACCCAAUACAGGACUUACUCACACCCCAACCCUACUUCGACCCUCCCACUGCUUGAUCGCCUGAUUUGAUUUUUGUACAAAUCAGCUGUCUCUGAGAUUGAAUACAGAGAACCAUCCAUUUUUCUUUUUUUUUUGAUUUGAAGGAUGUUGACAUGAUUAUAUCCUGAUGAGAUUUUAAUCAUAAUACUGUACUUCUUCAUGGUCGCCACUAUUGACACAGCUUGAAAUCUCAAAUCCUCUCCCCGAUCCUCUGUUUUAUUUUGUUUUCACUAGUCUGCUGUGUUUCACUCAUUCAUUUCACAUCUUAUUGUCCCCUCACUCUUUUACUUUUCUGUGUGUGUGUGUGUGUGUGUGAGCCCUGUAAAGACAGCUCAUCCAACCAUAAGUUUGAGUACAUUUUCCCUCCAUUGGAGUCAAGCUAAAUGAAUAUUUUGGGAUGGAAUGGGAACAAAACCCAGAAUGUUCUAACCCAAACUGCCAUUUCAUCUUGCGCCGUUGGCCAGAAAUGUAACAUCCUUGCUGGCCUUUUCCUAUUUUUGCAAACACCAUCAUUUCCUGGGAGUGCCAUUUUGACAUCAGGUCUGCCUUUAGAAUUAUUUAUUGCACAUUUACGCUGCCUGUAUUAGUUUGAGACACCUAGUUGCUCCUUUGAAAUGCCCCUCAGUCCAGUAACCAUAGUUUUCUUUAUUAUUGUGAGAUAUUCUUUUUUUUUUUGCAAUGAGCAGCAUCUCUCCAAACAAUGCUGUCAUAUUAACAUCAAACAGGCUGACAGUUUGCACCUUAAUUGGCGAGAUCAGAAGUCUACUCGGACACUUGAAUGAAAAAAAAAACAACUUGCAUUUUGUUGCCUUUCUGUCAGGCUCUCAUUCAGCCAAAGCUGUGAAUCACUAACUGACUUUUUUGUAUGUUAUUAUUUUUGGAAUAUGCAACAGUGCCAUAUAGGGGUGAUGUUGCCGUGAUAAAGAGGCUAAUCUCGAAAAUGUUACAGCAAAAGUAAAUAGAAGCCAAAUCACGAGAAAGUACAAGUACAGUGGAACCUUAAAGCUUUUUCCUAAAAGAUAUCAUGGAAACAGAAAGAAUACAAGCCAAGCUAGUAGCAUCAUCCAUCCAUUUUCUGUACCGCUUAUCCUCACCAGGGUCGCGGCCGUGCUGGAGGCAAUCCCAGCUGAUUGUGGGUGUGUACAGAAAGCUACUAGGGCCACACAGAGAAAAAAAUGGAAGACGUUUUUCCUCACAUUAACAAUAUGACUUUAUUCUCAUCAUUUUUUUUUUCUCUUCAGUGUGGCCCGAAUACUUCUUCACAGUAAAUUUCGAGUUGACAAACAUACUUGAAACAGAUUCAAAUGUAUUGCUAUCCAGACAAAUCAACUUAUUUUUGCAUAUUAAAAGCCCAGAAGCCCUACUCCCCCCCCACCCCUCGUGAACUCUCAUGUAUUUCCUUUGCAGUCCUGUUUCUUUUAAUAUUUGAUUUCUUCGUGGCGAAAGUGUUCCUCUACAGCACUUUUUUUCAAGCAUCUGUUCCCCAUUUUGUCUUGAAUCCACAUCAAGCCUUUUUUUUACUGCCUGAUUGUUUGAAUAAUUGUCACAGAUCAAGAAAAUUGCAUAUCCCGCAGCUUUGCCGACAACUCCCUGCACUGUACAGAAACAUAUUUAUUUUUUGUAAACAAGACUGGUUCGACUAUAAAGUGACAUUAAGAUGAUCCUGCAUUGCAAAGGGGAGUUAAAGUAUUUAUUCAGUUUUAUGUUCACACGCCAAUGAGACCACCCAUAUUAAGUUUCACUCAACAUUGUUUUUUGUUUAGUUUUUUUUCCCCCCUGGGAAACAACCACUGGUGUGCCACUUGUACUAAAGUGGAACAUUUUGUAAGAGUUUUAACUUUGACGAUCACAUACGCCAUUGGUCUAAAAUUGGAUUGGGAUGUGCCAUGUUGGCUCUCAGCGGGAGUCAAAUUGCAAAGGCCCGAUAAAAAGUAGGGUGGAGAAUGACACGCAGUUGCACCAGAUGGAAACGUUCAGCAAACGUUGUGGUUAUUGCACGUGAUAACGACUGAGGGACGGUGACACACUCGUGCUGCGUUUGCCUCAUCCACACUGCUCGCCUCGAGUUGGCACAGUGAAUUGUGUUCGUCUUUUUUUUUUUCCAGAGAGUCCAGAGUUAGAUUUUUCACGUGAUUCAUUUCAGCUGUGUCACAAAGAUAACCUCUGCAAGCUCGCAAUUGGGUCAGAACAAACAAAAUAAUAUGCAAGUUCUACAAUUUGGGGGGAGAAAGGUCUUCCCAAAUGGGGGGCGAGGGGGGAAAAAAAAAAAAAAAAAAAAAAAUGUGCCAGAUGUUUAUCUUGAUUUGUGCCUUUUGUCAACGUGAGUUCUUGCACUUCCGAGGAACAUCUGUUGUGCUUAUCAAUGCCUGCUUAUUUGUUGUCAUAUCACCACAAACCCCCUUUACAUCUUUGCAUUUGCACACCCAUGUUUCGGAUUAUUUGUCUUCGCGUCUGUAGUCACGUGAUCCACCAGAAGCUGAUGUGUGAGGUCAAACUAGACGUGCGGCUGUCCUGAUGCCUUCUCCUCUCCCCUCCUCCUACUAUGUAAAGACUUUUAUAGAGGUCACAAAUGAGAUAGAUAAAUGAUUUUGUAAGGAUGAUUUAUAAUAAAAUAAACUCAUUUGACGAUA